UGAAUUGAUUUAAAGUAAACACUAAUACAAUGUAUUAACGCUUUUGUUAUUACUUUUGAUAUUAUUUUGAAUAUUUUUUUAGUAAUUAAUUACACAUUAAAUGAUAUAUUAAUUGAAAGUAUGAUCAAAAUGAAGACAAUAUAAUAAUGGAUUAACUAAAUUGUGAUGUUUUAUUCAAACCAUUGUUAUAACUGAAAUAAAAUAACUUAAGUAAUUAGUAUCGGAUCAGUCGUUAAGAGAUUAUAUAAACUAAGUAGUGAUCAAUGGAUUCGGGACUUUCUGAUGAAGAGUUUCAACGAUUACAGACUCAGUUAUUGGAGUUAAAGACAAAUAACUAUGCUUUAGAAGAAGAUAAACGAAGACAUCUGCUAGAGAUCAGUCAAUUGAGACAACGGGUCGAUGAGUUGGACAAACAAUUGUCGAGAUUACAGACUGUCAACAAAAUCAAUCCGUUAUCUUUGGCCAGAAAUAUUGCCAAUAAAGUGGACAAUAAAUUGCGAGACAAAGAUAAUGAACAUUUGAUGAUUGAAAAUGAGAAUCUGAUCCGAAAGAUUGAAUCACAAGAACAGGAGUUUACUGUUACCAAUCAAACACUUAAAGAGGAAAUCCAUUCAUUGAUUGCGACCAAUGAUGCGCUCAAAAAGCAAUUGAAUUCAUUUCAUUUGCCAAAUGAUUGCGAUUUAGGCGUUAAGUCUACGAUUCGUAAUGAAGAUAAUUGUGAGACAAAAGAUAAUAUUAUUACUAUAAGUACCGAUUCUAACGCAAAUCCCCUGUCGUUUGCCAUUUUGGCAGAAAAAGAGAAGUUAGAGCUUAAAGUUUAUGACUUACAAGAUUUGGUAAAUAAAUUGCAAAAAGAAAAACAAUUAUUUGGUACUGAAAUGCAAGAAUUGAGAAAUAAAUUGCAAGAAUUGGAAAAUAUUAACAAAGAAUUGAGUGAUUGUAAUGAUAUAAUUGAAAGACAAAACAGUUUGAUUGAAGAAAUGAGAGAACAUAAGACAUCGAUUGAACUUAAAUUUAAGACAAACUUUGAUGAGUUAAGAGCUGAACAUCAGAUUAAUAUUGAAAGUCUUGAAUCAAAUAUAAGGGUGUCUGAAGAGACUAAAGAAGAACUCGAGAAAAAAAUCAGUGAAUUAAUUGAUAAAUUGAAUGAAAUGGAAAGUAUUCGCAAAGAAAAUGAUAAAAUGAUUAAUGAAGUCGACUCUUAUAAAGAAGAAUUAAGUUUUUGUCGGACACAAAGUGAAGAAACUAUUGAACGUCUGGAGAAACAACAAAAACAACAUUUGGAAGAAUUUAAUGAAAAAUAUACGAAAGAAAUUGAGUUAAUAAGACAGRAAUGUAACGAAUAUGUGAUUAAAAUCUUUGAUUUGGAAAAACAAAUCAAAGAUCUAAAUCAAAAGAUUGUCGACGGAAUUGAAGAUCGAAAAAUACAUGAAAAGAAAGGGGUACUUAUGGUUAAGGAGUUGAAGAGACAAUUAAAUUCUGAACGAAAACGUGCCGAUAAAUUACAAGAACGUCUCAGAGAACUAUUGAAUGAAUCGACGUCUUCCAUAUCAACUGAUAUUCAAAGAAAACAAAGUCAUAAUGGAAACGAUUCCAGUAGUGUUGGCUCUUGGAGUUUCAUGUCUGCUAAAGACAAUAACUUUUCGCACAACCGAUCAAUGAGUAUACAUUCGGUCAGUUCUGAUGGUCGCGAAUCUGCUACUUCACCCGUUAAUCCUGUGGUAACUGUCGAUGAARCAAUUAAUGAAAGAAACGGUUCUUUGUUAGAAAAAGAAAACAACGAAUUGUUGUCUAGAAUUGCAAGUUUACAACAAGAGAAGUGGAUUCUUGAGGAGAAACUCAAUCAAUUAGAGCUAAGUAUUAAUGCCAUGAAUGAAGAUAUAUCCCGAAAAACUGAUAUAAUUCAAUACUAUUCAAUGGAAGGUCGGUCUACUCGACCUAAUUCUCAACAGUCGAUACUUCACAAUAGCGACAAAUUAACGGUAAAACGUGUCGUCGACUUUAUUAAAGACAAAGGCGACGAAAGUAUGCGUGAAAUAAACCGUAAAGUGCAGCGAAUGCUUGAGGAAACACUCACUAAAAAUAUGCAUUUGCAACAAAACUUAGACUCCCUGUCCCAGGAAGUGGUCAGACUUAAUGACAUUAUUGAUAACAAUACAAAAAUCUCAAGUUUCACCUCAAAAAACUGAUUUUGUUUGCAUUAAGUUAAUCGAUGAGCUAAUUAUAUUUUUCUACACUAAUGUUAUUAUAUUUACGGUAGUAUUCGAUAGUUAUUUGUAUAUAAGAUGAUAACAUUUACUAUUUAUAAUUUAAUGUUUCAAAUGAAUUAGUCGUUAUAAUUGUUGGCAUUUUUGGGGUAUUGUUAACAUUCCUAACUUAAGGUAUUAAUUCAAUUAUAGCCUUUAAUUGUAUUUUUAUUAUUUAAUGUUAAUGCAUAUACAGUACCACUUUAUAUUGUAAGUUAU